GAAUUUUCCUCUGGCAAAAUUGAAUGCUUCAGUGGACACUGUGUAAGAUCGAUGAGAAAAAACAUGUCCUGUUCAGACUCUAGCUUUGGCAAAAGUGUGGAAGUACUAUGUGAAGAUGUCAGUCAAACAUACUUCACAAGGCAGUUGGCAAAGCUGAAAUCAGACCAAAAAAAAGAAGAAUAUAAAGAAGUCACCAGAACACUGCAAACCAGAGCUAAUUCAAAAGCUGCAGACCAAGCCCAUGAAGAAAAUGGGGAUCUGGAGGUCCGCCGAAGCUGCAGACUUCGACAGAGUCGUUACAGCACUACAAAUGAAUCUGUUUUGUUUGACAAACUUAUAACAAAUACUGCAGAAGCAGUCUUGCAAAAAAUGGAUGACAUGAAGAAGAUGCGUAGACGGCGAAUGAUGGAAGACCUUGGGGUGUUCCACGAUGAAGAAGAAGAAAACCUUGAUAUGUACUCGCAAGGAGAGAAAGACAUCCAAAGAACUGACGAAGAAAUAGCUGAUAAUCAAAGUGGCACUGUAGUUUCAUCAGAAGAAAGUGAAGAUAAAGAAGAUGAUGAUGGUGAAGACACUCGAAAACGUUAUGACCUUCGACAGAGGAAAACUGUUGAGCGCUAUCAAGCUCCAUUGGAAAAACCAAGACAACGUAAGAUCUAUUUUUCGGGCCGGUCUUCACCUGUCAGACAGAGGUACUCAUUUAGAAGUGCUCAGGCACAAGGUGCUUUCUGCAAAAGAACUAACAGACGGAGACAUGCAGUCCACAACAGUGAUUCCACAUCCUCAUCCUCAUCCUCAUCCUCAUCCUCAUCACUUUAAAGUGAUGAAGAGGAUCCUAAGAGGCACAGGAAGCAUAGCUGUAACAGAGACUUAAGAAGGUGUCUUCCACUAAACUUUCGGAAAGAUGACUUAAAGGGAAUUCACAAGGAUCGAAUGAAAAUUGGAGCAAGUCUGGCUGAUGUUGAUCCCAUGCAGAUAGAUGGUUCGGUACGGUUUGAUGCUGUGGGUGGUCUUUCUGACCACGUUUCAGCUUUGAAGGAGAUGGUGAUUUUUCCAUUGCUUUACCCAGAAGUCUUUGAGAGAUUCAAAAUUCAACCUCCAAGAGGUUGUCUCUUCUAUGGCCCACCAGGGACUGGAAAGACACUGGUUGCUCGUGCACUUGCUAAUGAAUGUAGCCAAGGUGACAGGAGAAUAGCCUUCUUUAUGAGAAAAGGUGCCGACUGCCUGAGUAAAUGGGUAGGGGAAUCUGAACGACAGCUUCGUUUAUUAUUUGAUCAGGCCUACCAGAUGCGACCUUCCAUUAUUUUCUUUGACGAGAUAGAUGGUCUGGCUCCUGUGCGGUCCAGUAAACAAGACCAAAUUCAUAGCUCUAUUGUAUCAACACUUCUGGCACUUAUGGAUGGCUUGGACAGCAGAGGAGAGAUUGUGGUAAUCGGAGCCACCAACAGACUGGAUUCUCUAGAUCCUGCUUUACGAAGACCCGGACGCUUUGAUCGAGAGUUUCUCUUCAGCUUGCCAAAUAAAGAGGCUAGGAAAGAGAUUUUCAAGAUUCACACUCGAGACUGGACCCCUAAGCCAUUGGACACGUUUCUUGAAGAGCUAGCUGAAAAAUGCGGUGGAUACUGUGGUGCUGAUAUUAAAUCCUUAUGUGCUGAAGCUGCCCUCUCUGCUUUGCGCCGCCGCUAUCCUCAGAUAUACAAAAGUAGUGAGAAACUGCAGUUGGAUGUUGCUUCUAUUAAAAUAACAGCAAAGGAUUUUGUCAUGGCUAUGCAGAAGACUGUUCCAGCUUCACAGAGGGCUGUGGUUUCACCUGGGCGAGCACUAUCACCUAUUGCAAAACCACUGCUUGAAAAUACACUAGCAAGUAUUUUACAGGCCUUGCAGAGAGUAUUUCCCCACACAGAGCUUGCACUAAAGAAGGAUCAACAGCAAGACAGUUUAAAUCAUAUUUUAAGAAAUGAUAUCAUUGACAGUGAUGAGGAAUCACUAUCAAUCUUUGAAGAUAAUCCAAUGCAGAAAAUGCCUGGAGAAAAGGAAAAAUUCCUCAAUUUUAGCAGAAAUGCUUAUUACCAGCCAACAGCUUGCAGGCCUCGGUUCUUACUAGUUGGAGAGCCAGGAUAUGGGCACGCUUCUCAUUUGGCACCUGCAGUAAUACAUGCCCUGGAAAAGUUUCCAGUUUAUACACUAGACCUAUCUGUUUUGUUUGUUAGCAUCAUAUCACCAGAAGAAACAUGUGCACAGUUGAUGCGAGAAGCUCAAAGAACAUCACCAAGUAUAAUUUAUAUCCCACACAUCCAUUUGUGGUGGGAGGCUGUUGGAGCUACAUUGAAAGCUACUUUUACAACACUACUGCAGAACAUUCCAACAUUUGCUCCAGUUUUGCUGCUUGCAACUUCUGAUGUGUGCUACAAAGAUCUCCCCAAAGAGGUAAAAGAAUUGUUUAUUAACAGUGAUGAAGAAGUUUUCAAAAUCCAGUUGCCUAAUAAUGAUGAAAGAAGAAUGUUUUUUGAGGACUUAAUUUUAAAUCAAGCUGCUAAACCUCCUGCAUCAAAAAACAACGCAGAUUGGCGGACAUUAGAAGUACUGCCUGUAGCACCGCCACCUAAGCCUCGACAGCUGACAGAGAAAGAAAUAAGAAAGCUGGAGGAGCAGGAGGAGGAUACGUUGCGUGAACUUAGGAUUUUCUUAAGGGAUGUGACUCACAGACUUGCCAUUGACAGACGUUUCAGAGCAUUUACAAAGCCUGUUGACCCAGAGGAGGUAAAUUAG